CGCACGCAAGAGGGAAUUCGGAAAAGGGAGGCAACCACGCAGAAAAAUUCUUCUUUUCUCCAACCGUCCCCACUUUUCAAGAUCCCCGAUUUUCGUCUCAUCUGGUCACCGGCUUCGCCGGCCAUCUUUCCGAUCGCAUCAUCUUCACUGAUUACCCCCAAACAGCCACUCCCUCUACUCAAAACCACAGAAAACCUCAUGUCCUUCAUCUCUGGGACAGCCGCACAAAAGUGAUAAAAAUCCCAGAAAUUACCAGCUUGCGCUCUCUGUGAUUUCUGCAGAAACAGCAACGGUAGAGUGGGGGAGAGCAAAAGGGCGAUUUCCGGCAUACUUUCGGCGAGAUUUAGGCGACCAUGAAGUAGGGCUUUGCUAUUUUCGCUGUGGGAAGGUAGAAGAGCAGAGGGAGGAGAUCGGCAUCUGUUCCAGGCGUCUGUUUGCUUCCCUAGGCAUAGUCAUUUUUGUUGGAAAACCGGCCUGUCUUUAUCCCUUGAGAAAUUUCAAAGGGGAAAAUAUGGCGUUGCUCAGUCAAAGCAGUUUCCUCCAGGCCUUGGUCCAUCUUCCUGCGAGAAAUCUUAUGAUGCCUCCCCCCACUAUUAAACAUCUCUCCACCUGCCAUAAACCUCUGUCUUCUGUCUCCAUGCCCCACAGCAAGAAACUUAGGUUCAUCACUCUGGCUUCUGUUUCUCCACCAACCAUAAUCUCAAAAAAUACCCAAACACCAACUCAAUCUUUGAUCAAUAAGUCAAAUCAUACCCUCAGAAUGCUUCUAUCCCUAACCCUUUCUGCCUCCAUUCUCCUUGUCAAAGCAAUACAAAAACUUGCUCUCAAAAUUUCUCACUCAAUCUCCCUGAAACCCAAACCCCAAGAACUUGCUGCAAUUCAAUCUUUACAAGGCAAUCUUCUAUGUGGUGUGGGACCGUUAUGCUUUGCAUCACUUUCAAACCAGCUAAGUGGGCCCUUGAACACACCAAUGACAGUGGUGGUAGCUGCUGGGUUAUCCAAAUGGCUUGAUAUCUACAGUGGGGUGUUAAUGAUUAGGGUUUUGCUCAGUUGGUUCCCAAAUGUUCCUUGGGACAAACAACCAUUUCCAGCAAUUAGGAGUCUCUGUGAUCCAUAUUUGAAUCUGUUCAGGAACAUCAUUCCACCAGUUGGUAAUACCUUGGAUUUAAGUCCGCUGGUAGCCUUCUUAGUGUUGGGAAUGGUUGGAUCAAUCUUGAAGACUGGCGGUGCAGGGGUAUAGUGAUGAUUCAACAAGUAUGGAAAGUAAAACGGUAAGGAAUGAUAACUGACCUUGUGGUGAUCCCAUGUUGUUUGGGAAUUUUCUUGCAUUCUUUUGGGAUUAGUGGUUAUUGAUGUAAUAAACAAUUAACUGUAGUUUUUGGAUUUGAAUUGAUAUACAAUUUUUCCAAUCCUAUACAAAGAAAAAUUGGGGGUUUCU